AUAUUAUUAAGUAUGUUAAAAUUUAGGAUUAUCGUGUUUGCUGCACAAGUUGGUCAACACGUCCGAGCAUUUUAAGUCCAAAUUGAAACUGGAGGUACGUUAUGGCCAUGGCAGGUGGAACCAACGAUCCAGUUAUUCUUGCAACAGCAGGAUAUGACCACACAAUCAGGUUUUGGCAGGCACACAGUGGAAUGUGCCAUCGGACUGUACAACAUCCAGACUCUCAGCAGGUGAAUGCAUUAGAAAUUACUCCAGACAAACAGUUAAUAGCUGCAGCAGGCUUUCAGCACAUACGCAUGUAUGAUUUGAACUCUGCAAAUCCUAAUCCAGUGAUCAACUAUAAUGGGAUAACAAAGAAUAUCACUGCUGUGGGGUUUCAUGAAGAUGGCAGAUGGAUGUUCACUGGGGGUGAAGAUAACACAGCACGGAUAUGGGAUCUUAGAUCACGAAAUCUCCAGUGCCAGCGCAUAUUUCAAGUAAAUGCACCUGUAAACUGUGUCUGUCUGCAUCCUAAUCAGGGAGAGCUGAUUGUUGGUGACCAAGGUGGAUCUAUUCACAUAUGGGAUUUGAAGACAGACAACAAUGAAAACUUGAUUCCAGAACCAGGUGCGGCAAUUCAGUCUAUCAGCAUUGAUCCUAUGGGCACUAUGAUGGCAGCUGUCAGCAACAAGGGCAUGUGUUACAUCUGGACAUUAACAGGAGGCCGAAGAUCUGAACCAACAAAAAUCCAUCCCAAAAAGAAGUUUCAGGCACACAACACAUAUGCCCUCAAAUGUCUCUUCAGUCCUGAUUCUACCUUACUAGCCACAACAUCUGCUGAUCAAACUUGCUGUAUUUGGCGGACAGCUGAUCUCACACUGCUGACCAAGCUACGUGAGCCCAAUCAGCGUUGGGUUUGGGAUUGUGCCUUCAGUGGAGAUUCCCAGUAUAUAAUAACAGCCUCGUCAGAUAACACAGCUCGACUUUGGAGUGUAGAUGGAGGAGAUGUCAAGAGAGAGUACAGUGGACAUCAGAAGGCUGUAGUCUGCCUUGCUUUCAGAGAUGAAGUGGUGACAUAAGAUGUUUUAGGCUAUUCACCAUGAAGACAUUGUGAUAGCUGUACCAAGGAGUGAGUUCAGACUAUGUGGAGACUUGUUUGGAGUUGCAUUUGGACCGCAAAUAUUCAAGUUGUCAGAAAAGUUCUUAGAAAGAUGUUUAGUGAAUUAAAUUAGUUGUGCAAUAAUGGGAAACAUAUGUAUUAAUUGACCUUUUUUAAUGAAAACAAGAGUUCCAGUGGUUUAAAACUGCUUAACUAAAAGUACUUUAAAUACUAGAAAAUACUUUAAUGUUUUAUGUGAUGUGGAAUUUAGACUCUUUUCUGCGAGGUGUUACAUGUGAAAGGUGCAUGAUUGGAAAUGAUGUCUGCAUUAUGUAAGCAAGAAUUUUAUAGAGUGUGAUUAUCAUAAUAAAAUUGAUGGUGUUAACUCAGCAGAAGCUAAGUUCAUUCAUAACAUUUCUAUUUUCACAUUAUUUCUUUAAACAUUGCACAGUUUAGGAAUGUGUUUUGACAUUUGUGCCUGUACCAUAGAAUUUUUUUAAUCUGUUCUUUUUUGUGGGGAGUGUGUAAGUAAUUAAAACAACAUGUCUUUAGUUGGUAUUUUUUAGUCAUUUUUGUCUUUUAUGCGUAAGAAAAAUAUGAAAUAAAGAAUGUUCCCAUAUACAUGGAAAUCUUGGCAAAAAAAUUCAGACUGAAUCCAGAUUCAGUUUCUUACUUUCUGCAGUAGAUGUGAAGUGUUAAUUUAAAUGCAUAUUGCUCAAAGCUAUGCUUUCACUGCUCAAUAUCAUAAAGAUAGGGUAUCGAAGGGAUAGAGGUAAUUUUCAAAAUCCCUUUAUAGCCAACUAGCCAAGCAGUUUUAUACAUUUUCAUUGCUUCAUGUAUGUGGAGAUUUUGCGUAGCCUUUCAGGCGUACAGAUUUUUUGAUUGUGUACAAAAACCUGCUUUAAGAUUUUGAUGCUUUUGAGUAUGUAGAACCUGAACUUGCCAUGGCAUCUUUUCUCUUAAGAAGGCACAAUAUAAGAAUGUGGGUAUUUUUUUUAAUCGCAAAAUAUAGAUUUCUGAUGAAUGAAAGUUUUCAGCAUGCAUAUAAGAGUGAAAAUAGAAUGGCUAUGAUAUGAUUAUUCCCACAAAUCUCCUUCAAUCAAAAGCUCCACCCAAGUGAUAACAAUUUCAACAAUUCUAAAAAUUUGAGUUUAUCCAUGGCUGUGGUGUUUUAGGCAGUAGUAAAACCAUCUAACAUUUAGAUAUCAAGAAAAUAUCAGAAAAUGUGUACCACUUCAAUGGAUAUUAAAGCCUUUUUUUCCAAUGCA